GGUUACUCCUCUCACCGAAUCCCCCAGGGAAAAUCAGGAAGAAGAAAAAAAACCCAGAAGAGGUAUCCAUAUCCGAGAGGGGCAUUAUUUGGAGGUCUUAUACAAAGUAAAGGGGGUCCAGGAGCCCUUAAUAUCCCUGAAAGGCGUUUGACUCACCAUUAUCUGGUGAGUGCGGUUAAUGUUGGUUUUGCACUGGUGGAUGGUGAAGGUAUCAAAGGCACGGAAGAAUCCAAUGAAAUUACAAUAUAAUUAAUUUUGUCACGGGACUGUUAUUUUGGGAUUUUUUGUCACUGGACUUAUUAAUUCUAAAAUCAUUUAUUUAUUUUUUCAUUA